AUGGACGCCCACGGCAGGACCGACUUGGAGGGUGCGGAUUGGGACGACUCCGCGACCACGGCUCUGUUGCCGGAGCGGGAGCCACAGGACGCAGGCGAUGGCGAGAUGCCGGAUCCCGGCGACGCAUCAAGUUUGGGGUCUGCGUUGCAGGAAGUGAGCAAGGCCUGGCGGAAGAGGACUCAGGCGCAGCGGCUGUCGGCGCAGCGAUGGAUUGAGCAAGAGACCCACGUCCCGCGGAGGGCGCGAUGGAGGGAGGAGCUGGCGGAAGCGCUGGAGGCGACAUGGACGCAUGUGGCGAUUGUGGUAUUGCUGUUGGUGGAUUUGGCGGCGACUGCGAUCGAUAUCCUGAAGACGAUGCACAACAAGAGCCACGACUUGGACGUGUGCGUGGAUUUGGUGGAGAGCUGUCAAGGCUGCAUCGGGCACUUCGAGCACAGCGCGGAGUGGAAGUGGACGUACUGGACUAGCAUCGUGAUUCUGGUCAUCCUCAUGUUGAACGUGUUGGGAUUGAUCGUGGCGUUCGGAAGAUCGUUCUUCCUGCAUCCGCUGUACGUGCUGGAUUUGGUGGUGGUUUCUACGGCCCUAGGGCUGGAGGUUCUGCUGGACGCGGACACAGCGGGGCUGAUUAUCAUCCUCACUCUGUGGCGGAUCGUGCGAGUGGCCCACGGGAUCUUCGAGGUGACGGACGAGGCGUGGGAGAAGAGCAUCCGCGAGCUGGAAACGCAGGUGAAGGGUGUGCAGGAUGCUUACGAGAGGGCACAGGAGGCUCUGCAGGAGAAGAACCGGGAGCUCGGUGAGAAAGAUGGGCGAAUCGCGGAGUUGGAAGCACGGCUCGAGAGCGGAUCGACACCGUUCUAG